AUGAGCCAGGACCAGCUGCUCAAGAUGAUCCGGGACCUCCAGGGCCGCGUCUCGGCCUUGGAGGGCCAGCGCGGCUCCGAAUCCAAGGCGUCACGAUGCUGCAGCAAGACCACGGACAAGGGCAAAGACGACGGCUACUGCUUCAUGGCCGACGGCGAGGCAGCGACCGCCGUGACAGAGCCACCGCCGCCUCCCGGGGCGCCCCCGGCCAACCUCAAGCCGCCGCCGCCUCCGCCCGGGACGACGCUGAUCCGAGACCUCGCAGUUGCGACGCCAGUUUCGGAUGUCGCAGUCCCCAUAUCGGCAUCGAAGCGCACAGUGGGUCUGGCGGAAUGGCCACCACCAUCUGCCCAAGCAGUGCAGCAGAUGCUUGAGCGAUUUCCUCAGUUGGACGGCAUCUGUCGUGGCUCUCUCAUGAACCUGCCGCCUCAGUUUGCGCUCGCCAUCCUUUGGGACAUGGAUGCCAAGGGAGGGCCGGAGGAGAUCCGGAAUCCGCAGGACUUCGUGCACAGCGCCGCUCAGACUUUGCUGCGGCUGCCGCCAGGUGCAGUGGCUGGCCUGCCGAUGGCCACUGGGCCAAUGCUCGCUCCCCCGGCGCCGGGCAUGCCCGGUCAGCGAGUCAGCCCUGCAAUGCACAGUGUCUCCGUUGUGUUAUGCCGGUGCCUCCAGUCUUCGCUGCACUGUGAGGCAACGCUGCGCAUUGAGCGGACACACAUGCCGGCAGCCCUUCCAAGCCAAAAAGACGGCGAGUGCCUGGACCGGGGUUGGUCGCCUGCCGCACCUGCCGUUGACAAAGACAGUGGGUGGGUGCGGGAGAGCUUCCGCCUUGGAGCAGCCAUGGCGACCCUCCGAAGAAUGGAACAUCAGGUCUUCGCCGCUUGCAGUACAGGUGUGAGGGGCGAGCCGCGAUGUGCUGCUGCAGCGGGCCAUGCGGACUGGGCACAGCUUUCUGCUGCAGCAGACUUCGAGCGGCGUGCUGCUGCGCUGAAGAGUCGACGGGAAGGCCUCCUGCUUCCAGGGGAGCUUCGUGCCAUGGAAGUGGAAAAGGAGAAAGCGAGGCUGGCGGAGGAGCGCAGCGCCCGCCGCGCGGCCAACGCCAGCCAUGAAGCAGCCGAAGCGGAGGAGGAGGAGAAGCGAAAGGAGGUGAUGUUGAGUAAAUAUGCCUCGAGAAUCUGGGGACAGGCAGCGACCUCCGGGAAGAAGACCUUGAAGGUGGGCCUGUGCCAAAUGACGGCGCGGAACGACAAGGAGGCCAACUUCCACACCUGCAAGCAGCUGGUGACCGAGGCGGCUUCGCAGGGCUGCCAGCUCGUGGCGCUGCCCGAGUGCUUCGCCUUCAUCGGGGCCAAGGCCGGCGAGGCGCAGGAAGCAGCGGAGCCGCUGUCCGGGCCCACCAUGGGCCGCUAUGCCGCCCUGGCCAAAGAGCAGCAGGUCUGGCUGUCGCUGGGAGGCUUCCAAGAGAAGGUGGAGGGCGAGCCCGAGAACAAGAUUCUAAACACUCACGUGAUCCUCAACUCUGAGGGUGAGAUGGUGUCGGUCUACCGCAAGAUCCAUCUCUUCGAUGCUCCAUUCACCGGCUUGGUGGAGUCCAAGCAGACCGUGCCGGGCGCGGACGUGGUCGCCUGCGACAGCGCUGUCGGCAAGCUGGGCGUGACUGUUUGCUACGACGUCCGAUUUCCACAGCUGUACCAGCAGCUGCGCUUCGAACACGGAGCAGAAAUUUUACUGAUCCCCUCGGCAUUCUCCAUGCCGACGGGCGAAGCACACUGGGAGCUGCUCAUGCGGACGCGAGCAGUGGAAUGCCAGUGCUACGUGAUCGCUGCCGCGCAAGCCGGGUUGCACAACGAGGACGGCAACCGACGCCAGUCCUGGGGACACGCCAUGGCUGUGGACCCUUGGGGCAAGGUGCUGGCGGAGUUCGACGGCACCUCUUCUGGUGUCAAGGUGGUGGAGGUGCAGCCCGAUGCCCUCGAGGUCCAAGCCCGGGAGGCCGGGCGCCGACGGGCCUGGGAGGCUCCCGAGCUGCGCGAGCUGAGGCGCCACUACCAGGAGGUGGAGGCUGAGCAGCUGCGGCAGUUGCAGGUGCUGCGCAAAGAAGUGGAGGAAGAGACCCGUGAGCAGGAGGAGCAGGUUUCCAGAGUUGCCGACGAGGUCGAGUUCCUAGCGCAAGAGCGGGCGAGUGCCCACCUUGCAGCGGAGAGCCGUGCUCGUGCAGUGCAGGUGCAGAAGGAGGGCGAGGCAGAGGUGGCGCGGAAGACCCGUGACCAAGCUCGGAAAGCUGCGAAGGAGAAGCACCAAGACAAGAUGAUGGUGCAAGCGGCUGUUUACAAGGCACAGCAGCAGGACCUGCAGACGCAGACCCGGAGGCGCAAGCUGCAGGCUGCGGUGCGCACGGCCUUAGACAGGCUCGUGAUGGAGCAAGCCCAGCUGCGUGAACAGGAGGUCCGAAACGAAGAGGCUGCGAUAAAGCGUGCGCAGAGGCAGCAGAGUGCUCAGGCAUUCUUUUGGGCCGCGAGAGCCCAGGAGCGCCGUGCCGCGGAGCAGGCGCGAGCCCAGGUGCUGGAGAGAGUGGCCGCCUGUCUGGCGCAGCAGCAAGAAGACGAACAGCGUCUUCAGCUGUUGCAUGGCCUUCUACAGGAGGAGGCCGCAGCAGCGGCGCUGCGCCGAGAGGAGGAGCGAAGUCUUGAACGUCGACUCGAGGCCCGCACCAAAGCCGUGCAGGCCGCCGAGGACGGCCUCCGAAACCUCCGGGAGAAUCGACAGAAAGAGCAGGUAGAGGAAGCAACCUGGCGAGCUCGGUUCGUGGAGUCCUGUGCCGAAGAGGCGAAGCUCGAGCAGCUCAGCGACCAGAAGAGGCGCAUGCGACUUCUGGCCUUCAAGCGUGAGGCUGAGGAGUUGGCGGCCAAACGCCGCGAGCUGCGGAAGGCAGAGGUGGAGAAGGAGGAGGCAGAUUGGCAUCUUCAGAAGCUCAAGGAAGAGGAGCAGUCCCGCAUAGUGGAGGAAGAGAGGCGGAGGCUCUUGGAAGUUCAUGCCCGGGGUGGGUUGCUGGAUGCUGCAUGGUUCAGUGGGGAGGUCUUGCCAAAGCACAUCCAGGACAUUGACGACGGGUGGGGGAGUUGCAUGCACUGGAUGUUAGAGGGCCCAAGCAGAGUAAGGGAUCGGUGCAGAGACAGAGCUGUCGAUUUGUACCCCCUCGGUGUGGUCAGUCCACACAUUUCGGCUGCUACAGAAAGGUUCGCAGAGAUCGUGCAGGACGUGAUGGAGUCAGUCCAGAAGGAGCAAACCUCAUCCAACGGACGAUGGGUGCUGCGCAACACGUUCAUCGAACUUGUUGAAGAUGGCUCCCCUGCCAAUGCAGAUGGCUUCUCAAGCAACUGCUUGAUGCGCGCCAGCUCGGACUCCGUCCUCUACGAGGGUUACUCGCCCAACCAGGCACCUCAGGAGGUGGAGACCAAGGCGCCGCAGAAGCCUCUGCCGCCCGUGAAGGACUUCAAGGACUUUCCUUCGGAUGAGCCAAUCGAGUUCGAGCUCAAUGGCUGGAGCGACACGGAGACGAAUCCAGACACCAAGGAAGGUGAGAAGUCCUUGCCGCUGCCAUGCUACUCCCACAUCAAGGACUUCCCCAGUGGGGAGAGCACACCUCACACCGCGCAGGCAGCAGGACAUGACGACUUUGACCAGUACGUCGCACGAACACCGAGUCCAAGAGGCAUGGACUGGCCCAGUGGCUUCGGUGAAGCUGGCCAGCUCCCGAAAGAGGAGGACAUGAGGUCCGACCCGAUGCCGGGACUUGCCCCUCCGACUCACAGCCGCGUCUCCUCGUCUGACGUAGCACUCGACAACAAAAGUGCCUCGAAACAGGACCUCCAGAGGCUAGCAGCGGAGGUGGCCAGAUUGGCACAGGAGAACGAGUUUCUUCGCCAGCGGGUCAUGGCACAGGAACAGCGAAAGGAGGAGUCGAAGAGCCAGGGCGAGUCGCAGCCGGCAGCUACGACUCCCGUUCAGCAAGAGAGCAACAUGGGCUGGGCCACGGUGUUGAUGCCGGUGAGCUUCGGUCCCGGGUCGGGCAGCGGUUCUAUGCAGGACUCGGCUGAUUCCUGGAUGGGUCCUCAUGGCCCGCACAGCCAGGAGUUGGGCCAGGACAGCCAACAGGCCCGGCGACGUCGCUUCCGCCAGAAGGGCGACGCGGAGUUCGAGGCAGACCUGAACCUCCAGAAAGGCAGGCAGGUUCGUGGCACUGCCGUCCCGACGAAGCCUGUUGAGUGCGAUCUACCCAUGGAAGAGUGCACAACUGUGAUGCUUCGCAACUUGCCCAACAACUACACGCGAGCGAUGCUGUUGGCGAUGCUUGACAGUGAAGGCUUUGAGGGCAAGUACAACUUUUUGUACUUGCCGAUCGACUUUCAAAGCCGGGCCUGUCUAGGCUAUGCGUUUGUUAACUUGGUGGACCCCUCCUACGUGGCCCAAUUCUGGGCCAAAUUCAGCGGCUAUUCAAAGUGGGUGCUGCCAAGCAAGAAGGUGUGUGGAGUGAGCUGGAGCGGACCGCAUCAAGGGCUGGAGGCUCAUGUGGAGCGGUACCGCAACAGCCCUGUUGCUAGGACCAGGCAGCAGUGCCUCGCUUUCACGAAAGCCCUCAUCUGA